CAUAAUAAUCAUAUACAGUUUCUGCUACACAGACACAUUCAGAGGAUUAUUCACUAUUGGCUGAUUAAUAACAAACGCUUAUUGUGUACAGCCAGAAUGAGCUCCAAUGCAACUGUCCUCCAUCACUUCAAAGUCUCAACCAACCAUGGGAAAUCUACACUGGACAUUGUCAUCUACACCAUCAUUGUGCUCCUAGGCACCACUGGGAACUCUGUGGUCAUCUGGGUGGCCGGUGUCCGUAUCAAACCCAACGUCACCAACAUAUGGUUGAUCAACCUCGCCGUGUCUGACCUGAUCUUCUGCUUGACACGAAUUGCCCAGCUCAUCAAAUACAUUUUCUUUGACCAAUGGCCUUUCGGAGUCUUUCUUUGCAAGUUUAUUGGCUACGUCAAGUAUACCAACAUGUUCUGCAGUGUUUUUCUUCUGGCUGUCAUCAGUGUGGAUCGAGUGCUCUGCGUGUGGCGCCCAGUGUUGACCAGGGAAAGACGGACAUUAUAUGCUGCUCGUGUGGUCAGUUUGGGGGUUUGGAUUAUGGCAAUGAUCUUCAGUUCACCAUUUUUUGUGUAUCGGGAGGUCAACCUUGACCAGAACAACUUGAGCGACUGCUCACUAAAGGUAAAAUUAAAAGAAGAGGAAAAUUCAGCAAAGUAUGCUUACUACUACAUUCGCUUCUUUUCUGGAUUUCUGUUUCCUUUCCUUGUGAUCUUUAUCUGCUACACAUUGACUGCUAUAAGGAUUCGUAGAACGAGAAUCUCCGGCAAAUCAAGACCUCUUCAGAUUCUUGCUUUAGUAGUUUUAGCCUUUUUCUUCUGCUGGGCACCUUAUCACAUCCUAGGUCUUGUUAAACUGAAGAAUAAAAACCACCCGGCUGUAAAAAUGGGAUGGCAUAUGGCUUCAAACUUAGCCUAUUUCAACAGCUGUGUGAACCCAAUGCUAUACUUCUGCAUGGGACUGAAACUCAGACAACGCUGCAAUCAAAGCCUGUUAGGGGUUUUUCACAGAGCUCUUAAAGAAGAAGCCCAAACUUUAUACCAGAACGGCACUACGUGUACGGAGGAACGUUCAAACUGUGUUUUAAAAACUGCUGGUACAGUUCACCAAUCACCUGUAUGACUGAAGAUGAGAGGAGUAGUUCACCCAAAUAUAAAAAAUGUCCCAUACUGUACUCCAGAUUAAACAGAUUAACCAAUUUAUUUACAAUCCAGUGAGCAUACAAACAAGUUUGACAAAGCAAACAAUCAUAGCUGUGCAUUUAAGU